AACGCCCUACGUGUGUAACGUAAGGCGCUGACGCACUCUCCCCCUGCCCGCCGCACUCCGCCGCUUCUCCUUCACUCUCCGCCGCAAACACUAGCUCCUCCACCUCCGGUAGAGACUACGGCUGUGCACCGAUUGUAACCCAAAGCGGUCAGCAGGGGUCAUGAGGGUGUCGGAGGCCCCGGUUGCUGUUCAGAGCAGCUGAAGCAGACAUGGGCAAAGAAGUCUCGAAUGGCACCGGUAGGCUCGGCCUCAUCGACUUCACCAGCCACAUCCUUCUUCGCCACAACCACCACGGCCUACGCAACAAGUUCUCCGUAUUUGCAAGCAUCUCCCAGUAAGACUUUGCAAUGAGAAUGUCCGACACAGUCGACACUGAAACGAUGAAGGUUUCCGAGGCUGCAGACGCAGUGUCCCCUCCAAAAGACAACAGCGCCACCAAGUCUGAGGUCACAGACCAGAGCCAGAGCAGCAGAGAUGAACACAGCAGCAACAAUAAGAGGGACAUGCAGAUUCCAGUCAAGACUACACAGAUUCAACUGGCAUAGAUCUCCACGAGUUCCUGGUCAACACAUUGAAGGGCAACCCGAGGGAUCGAAUCAUGCUACUGAAGUUGGAACAGGACAUCUUGGACUUCAUCAGCAAUAAUGAAAGCCAAAAGAGAAAGUUCCCACCCAUGACGUCCUAUCACAGGAUGCUGUUACAUCGAGUGGCAGCCUACUUCGGCAUGGACCACAACGUGGACCCCAGUGGGAAGUCCGUGGUGAUCAACAAAACCACCAACACUAGAAUACCCGAUCAGAAAUUCUCAGAGCACAUCAAGGAUGACAGGGCGGACGAUUUUCAGAAACGCUACAUUCUCAAACGAGACAACUCCAGCUUUGAUCGUGAAGACAGCACGAUUCGAAUGCGUUUGAAAGCUGACAAGAGGAGCAAAUCGAUGGAGGAGAGGGAGGAGGAGUACCAGCGAGCCAGAGAAAGGAUAUUUGCACAUGAUGCUACGAGCUGGUCGGUCAGGCGCCAGUCGGCAGAGCAGCUCUGAGACGGAAACACUGCCUCGGCACGGCGAGCCUCGGCCAUGGAGCAGCACCGACAGCUCGGACAGCUCCAACCGGCUCGCCCCGCGGCCCGCCAUCACCAAGGCCAGCAGCUUCAGCGGCAUUUCCCCGGGCCUCGUCCGAGGGGACAGCACGGCCAGCAGCAAGAGCACCGGGAGACUCUCCAAAACAGGUUCAGAAUCAUGCAGUAGCGUCGGCUCCUCGUCCAGCUCGCUUUCCCGUCCCCAGCUGCCUCUCCCAGUUUCAGCCUCGUCCUGGUCCAACAUCCCCAGCGCCCCUUUAAUCCACCCAGCCGCUGACACCAGAGGCUCUGGACACCCUGAGAUGAUCAAGAGCCUCCCUUCACAGCCACCAUCUGCUACAGACGCAACAAACUAUUAUGUGUUGCCGCUGGAAGCCUCAGGGAUACCGCCCGGCAGCGUUCUGGUCAACCCACACACAGGCAAGCCUUUCAUCCACCCCGACGGCAGCGCUGUAGUUUAUAACCCGGCCGCUGUCGCCCCCGCUGCUGGCAGGAACCCACAGCAGGGGAAAAGCCCACAGCAGCCAAUCCCUGCCCCAACACAGCAACAGCCAACCAAUCACCUCCACUCCCAGCCGUUCUCCCCUCUCCAGCUGUCCUCUGAGCCUGUCCACAACCCAACGAUCUCGUAUCCUCUUCCUCCUUCUCAGUUCCUGCCCGUCUGUCCUAACCAGCAGUACACUGUGCCUGACGCCCUCAACGCCCAGUUCAGUCACAUGACUCUGGCGCAGCAGCAGCAGCCCAGCGACAGUGGGGCUUCAGCUCCAGACGCCCGCCACUAUCCCACUGUAUACCACCACCACCACCACCCCUCCUCCAUGGUACUGCAGGGAGCUCCUCCACAGCAGCAGCAGGUUGCUAGCUACAUGGUGGCAGGGCCAUCGGGAGGACACCCAGGGGUGCUGCAGGGCCAGCCCGUCCCGCUCCAGACCACGGGCCCCAACCAUGCGUAUCCCAGCUCCACCCCGGGCCCUUCUGCUUUCCCCGGGUCCACACUGAACCAGCAGCUACUCCAGCAACACGCCUACAUCCAGCAGCCUGUCCAGCAGAUGUCGUCGUGUUACUGCUCUUCAGUCCACCACCCCCACUGCUCCAGCCAGCAGCAGCACUACCGGCCCCCCGUCAACCCGCUGUCCUAUAACUGCCCUCAGAGCCAAAACCUGCCCCAGCAACAAGUGCACCAAGCCGUGAUGCCAAACCCAGCGUCCAGCUACCAGACCAUAGUGGGCGUACAGCCAACACCCAACCUCGCUCUCUCUGGCAACCAGCAAAGCAAUAUGGGCAACCAGAUGCAAGGCAUGAUGGUCCAGUACCCUCCAAUGCAGUCUUAUCAGCAGGUUUCUAUGCCACAGCAGACGUACCAGCAGCCAGUGUUUGUGUCCUGUCAGCCAGGACAGGGGGCAGUGGCUGUUGCUGGCAUGCAGCCCUGCUACAGCCUGCUCCCCCCUAACCAGCACACCACCAUGAGUUCUACAGUGAGUUUCCUGCCUGCUCAGAUGAUGGAGCAGCUCCAGUUUCCUCAGACCUCAUCCCCCUGUGUCUCCCAGCAGCACCCAGGCCAGCAGUACGCAGGGUUGUUACCCUCAGGCCCCAGCAGUGGCAUGGUAUGCUGCAAUGACGGGGCCCACCCUGCCAGCAGCCCCCGAGCCCCUCCCCCUGCCAGCGAAGACCAGCCCAACCACAAACACCCGGGCGCCGAGCACCAGCGCGGCCGCCGGCCUGCCGAGCUCCUCCCGCCUCCAGACAACACCCAGAGCAGCUUGCCCUCGUCUCCGGCACUCACUCCCUUGCCAGGCCAGCCGCCCAGCGUCAAGGGCCUCCCAUCAGGCAUCUCGUCCAUCCCUGUCAUGGCCCACCACCCGCACCACCACCACCCACAGCUCCCUACAGCCUUCUGCCACAGUGGACAAGGUGAAGCACACUACUCUCUACUGGGCCAGCCUCUGCAGUACAAACCCUCCAUCAGACAUCCGCUGAUUCACACUGCCCACAUGGUGGCCAAACACCAGGGUCCACUGGGGGUUUGGCGUAGCGGUCAUGGGAGGAAGGCCAGCAGAAAACCUCUGUCUUCAGAUCUCAGUGUAGGUGAAGCAGUGAGCAGUCAGAUCCUGGAAGUGACAGAUCCUCCGGAGGGGAUCAGCUGUACAGACUCCCACCACCUCCUGGCAGAGCUCUGCAAAGGGGGCGAAUUGAUCCGGCGGCUGUCGGACCAUCAGCCCCGGCUGUGCAACACAACCAGAGACGCUCCCAGCGGAGACCUGGCCUCAUCAUACUCCAUCUUUGCCAUGCUACCCUCCAGAUUUGCUGCACCGAGCGCCGCGCUCCACCACGGCGGCCCCCAGGCCACCUUUAAACGACGAACUAGUACCAGACACAAAGGGGAGCUGUGUGACUCGGACAAGGCCGGCUCAUAGCUGCUAAGAUCUCGGUGCACCUAAGGAGCGCCACGUUGAACGCACAUCCAACCACCUGCCUCUGCUGCCUCAGUCUGGACUGUCUCGGUUUUAGUCCCAGACUCUGUCCAAAUCAAAAAACCGUAUCAAAUGUUUGAAGAAUGAAUGUUCACUUUUAUUUAGUUUUAGUUAGUUUUAUCAUUUUUUUUCUGGCCAACAGGUCUGUGCAGGGUGGAAACCGAGCAGCACCUCCAAGUUUGGUUUUGUUUGUGAGAUGCGUCCGUGGCUGCUGAGCUCAAGCCCCCCACACCACCACCACCACCACCUCUCUAUCUUUCU